GCGACGCUGCUCUCCCGCCUCCCGCUCGGCGCUUCCAUCCAUCCCUCCCCCGCGACAUGAAGAGCCAAACUUCGCUCCUGGUGGCCCUGGGCUUGUGGCUCCUGAUUUUUCCCGCCUCCGCCGGCGACCGAGGACGAGAUUUUGUAGACAUUGAAAGUAAAUUUGCCCUGCGGACUCCCGAAGACACAGUCGAGGACAACUGCCAUCUCAUUCCCGGAGUGGUAGAGUCUGUGGCUAAUUGCCACUUCAACCGUAGCAGCAAGACCUUCAUGGUGAUCCACGGUUGGACGGUAACAGGGAUGUAUGAGAGCUGGGUGCCGAAACUUGUGGCUGCACUUUACAAGAGGGAGCCAGACUCCAACGUCAUCGUGGUGGACUGGCUGAACCGGGCCCAGCAGCACUACCCAGUGUCCGCAGGCUACACCAAGCUGGUAGGAAAGGAUGUGGCCAGGUUCAUCAACUGGAUGGAGGAGGAAUUAAAUUACCCUGUGGACAAUGUCCACCUCUUGGGCUAUAGCUUGGGAGCCCAUGCUGCUGGCAUCGCAGGAAGUCUGACCAAUAAGAAGGUCAACAGGAUUACUGGCCUAGAUCCUGCAGGACCUAACUUCGAAUAUGCAGAAGCCCCGAGCCGCCUCUCCCCAGACGACGCGGAUUUUGUGGAUGUCCUACACACGUUUACCAGAGGGUCCCCCGGGCGCAGCAUUGGGAUCCAGAAGCCGGUGGGACAUGUUGACAUCUAUCCCAACGGAGGCACUUUUCAGCCUGGCUGUAACAUCGGGGAGGCCAUCCGUGUGAUUGCAGAGCGUGGCCUUGGAGAUGUAGACCAGCUGGUGAAAUGCUCCCACGAACGUUCCAUUCAUCUCUUCAUUGACUCGCUGCUGAAUGAGGAGAACCCCAGCAAGGCUUACCGGUGUAAUUCCAAGGAGGCCUUUGACAAGGGGCUCUGCCUGAGCUGCAGGAAGAACCGCUGCAACAACCUGGGCUAUGAGAUUAACAAGGUCAGAGCCAAAAGAAGCAGCAAGAUGUACCUGAAAACCCGCUCCCAGAUGCCCUACAAAGUCUUCCAUUACCAAGUCAAGAUCCAUUUUUCCGGGACGGAAAGCAGCACACAGACCAACCAGGCUUUCGAGAUCUCUCUGUAUGGCACCGUGGCUGAGAGUGAGAACAUCCCCUUCAUACUGCCUGAAGUGUCCACCAAUAAGACAUACUCCUUCCUUAUCUACACAGAGGUGGACGUCGGCGAGCUGCUGAUGCUGAAGCUGAAAUGGAACAGUGAUUCCUACUUCAGCUGGUCCGACUGGUGGAGCAGCCCUGGCUUCAUCAUCGGGAAGAUCAGAAUAAAGGCGGGAGAGACUCAGAAAAAGGUGAUCUUCUGCUCCAGGGAGAAGGUACCCCUCCUGCAGAAAGGGAAGGAUUCCGUGGUAUUUGUGAAAUGCCAUGACAAGUCUCUGAACAGAAAGUCAGGCUGAAACUGGGAAAAACUGCAGAAAACAAAAGAAUAGCACAUGAACUGGGGAAAGGAUAAAGAAAAUGAAGUAACUUUUACAAAAGAUGCCCAGGGCUCUGGGUGUAUCAAAGUGGAUUUUUCUUGAAUAUUAAUCCCAGCUCUAUCCUUGAUAGUUGUUUUAGGAGACAAUUUUUCAAAUGCUACCAAAAAGAAGUGGCUCAUUCCACAGGAGACAUAGAGUGACCAGAUUGUACAUUCUCCAACAUUCAAAGGCACCGCACUGGGGCCUUUGGAAAAGAGCAGACCAGUUUGGCUUUUUAGUGAAACCUUUGGUAAUAGCCUAGAAUCACUGAGAACCCUCCUGCUUAGUUGGAGCCCUAGACUCAGAAUUGAAGCUGUCUCAAAGCUUUCUGCAAAAUCUGAAUCUCAGAAAUGGUUUUCUGUGCCGUGAGGCAGAUCUAUUUACUUAGCAGUCAAAGUGCCUGACUCUGCUGAAUGGUUGUUCCCUUGUCAUUAGCUUGUGGUCAUAGAGGCUGUCUGGGCUGGCAGCCAGCAUCAGGACAAAAUUACAAGGGAAAGGGGACGAGUGACUUAGAGCAAUUAAUUCAAACUGCGCUUUGUGGCUUAUGACUUGAUCUUUCUCCUCCUGCUGCUUUGUUCCCUUUGUGUCAAGAUGGCAUGUUCACAAUGUUGGGUAGGUGUUGAAAAUUCAUCUGUGAGCCUCGGCUAAUCUCUGCUUGAGUGGUACAGAGAGAAAUGAUGCCAUAACUUUAUUGUCUGAUUCUCCAGGUUAUUUUUCAUUCAUAGAUUUGAAACCCACUAGUGACUAUGCAAUUUUAGACUAACCUUAGCCCCACUCUAGUUGUGCUUUGAGCAUGUCUCUUUUGCUUUUGAUUUUGGCAAGGAAGCGUGUAUUCGAAUUCAGAUGCUGCAGCUUGUAAACGCCUACAAAUUUUAGCCAAGGACUGUCUUUGCUGAGUAAACAGUUGGCCAAGCGACUGGGACAGAGCUACGAGCAGGGCUUCAAGACCUCUGUGUGCAGAUCAGAGGGCCCUCCGCCAAGAUGGCCCCAUGAAGCACCGCCAGGGUCACUGAGCAACUGGUCCAGAGGGAGUGGACCCUUCUUUAUUAAGCCCCAUCUUGUAUUUUCAUAAUGCUGGCCUCUGCAUUAACAUAAACAGGCCAAGAAGUCAACUGUCUCAAAGGCUGUUUGCUGGGAACCAACUGGGAAUGCUCGGUGGGUCUGAAGCCAAGCUCGCACAGGGAACCCUCUCUGAUAGCAUGAUUUGGAAGGUGACCAGUCACAGAAUGUACCAUGCCGGGACCUGAGCUCCAAGUAGGAGAGAUAGGAUUGUGUAGGACAAAUGCUGUGGCUGACUCUAUCAGGCUUGGAAUGAAAUCUCUCUAAAAAUAAAAUGAUAUGUUGUUUGUUGUUGACAUCCCCCUUUAUGGAUACUAGGUGAAUUUCUUAGACUAUGGAUGCAUAAAGUUCAAAAUAGUCACCACAUUUCCCCUGCAGCACAUGGGAACCCUGGCUCCUCCAGGCUUAGCCGUUGAUAUCCACGAUGCUGUGGCUUUGUGUUUUAUUUAUUAGCUGUAAAUAUAUGUGUGGAUGUGUGCAGGGAGCGUGCACGUCCUGGGAGGGUCGUCGUGGCCACCUGCAUUCAGAAAUGUUUGGUGCUUCCGUUGUACAUGUCUUUUAGCAGCCACGGUCUCAUACUCCAAAUGACAUGAAAUGGGCUUUUGGGGGCGGGGGAAGGAAGAGAUUUGCAAUGAUGUGAAGAAAUGGAAUCUGCUUUAAUAAAAUUAACAACAUUUUAU